AUGACUUCCGACGUAUCAGCAGAUUUCAACUCAUUUUCCAAUGUUGACAACCAAACAACAACAAAUAGUUUGCGAUUGGAAACAACGGACUUUAGUAAAUAUUUACGAAACAUAGCCGGCAUCCAUGUGUCGUAUUUACCUGUUGCAGUGAUUUGUACCGGGCUUGAUUUAAUAUUUACAUUGAUAACAUUGGUGAUGGGAAGUACAAAUAUGUCCGAGUGCCCAAUUGAACCACUAAUACCAAUUUAUUUAGUCGUUAUAUCUACUAUUAAUCUUGUAAUGGUUAGUUUAACUACUAUUGCUAUAAUUCUUCAUAUGAGAAAAAUCGAUGAAGAUAUAUUUGCAUUCUUUUAUGUGAACUCUUCGGCUGUUGUUAUUUUACUUUUACAAUUAUUUAGUUUUAUUUGGCUUAUAUUAGGAUCUGUUUGGACCUUUAGUGUUUACAAUGAUGUACAAUAUUCUCAAACGAAUCAAAACAGCUAUUGUAAAAGCAGCCUUUAUAAAUAUACAAUUGUUUCGAUUGUUUUACAAUAUAUUAUUCCUUUUGUUUUAUGUGGUGCUAGAAACGCAUCAUCAAUCAGACGCCAGAUACAUUAA